GUAAUAGACUUCAAUAGAUCUUUUUAUCAAAAAACUUCAAUCCAAGAUAAUUUUCUCUACAAUACAUUACGAUAAUCCCAAUGAAAUCUGUAUUUUUAGGAUAUUAUUUUUAAAUUUUACCUUAAAGUAUCAUGUCAUUAAUUUAACCUUUAACAACAGGUUAGAUGGAUUUUUAAAAUAUAUCAUGAUUAAUUAGUCAAAUAAAGUUAACAUAUGCAACUUUAAAUAUACAAUGUUUACUACACAACAUGUUUCUCGUGUUCGCCGUCUUUAUAAGCUGAUAUUUCGAGUACAUAGAGCUCUACCACCAGAGUUGAGAGUUCUAGGAAACAAUUAUGCAAGGGAUGAAUUUAAACGCCACAAAACUUGCAGUACUGAAGAAGCAAAAAUUUUUCUUAAUGAAUGGACGGAUUAUGCUAUUAACAUCGCUAAACAGACAAAGCCUCUUAACCAAGCUAGAAACAAAGAUAUUGGAAAAUAUCUGGAUCCGAACCUGUUAGAUUAUAUGACUGAUGAGCAGCUUGUUCAGCUUUAUGAAUUGCAUAAAGCAACAUCUCUAGAUCCUGAUGAUGAAACUAGUGCUGAAAAUUUUAAUAAUGAAAAACAAACUAAACCUUAAUAAUUUUUAAUGUGAUUGUAGUUAAUUAUUUAUUUUUUGAUUUUGGAUGUUAUAAUAAAAAUAC